GGCUGCGGCGAGAUUAUGCGGAUGGGGUACUUUAUUUACCUACUACAAUAGUUGUCCCCAAAUAAGGCUCGCAGCUUUUUAAUUAUUGUAAAAUUAUCGAGUCAGUUUAUAAAGCUCGUCUCGUGCGAGCAGUGUACUCGUAAUCCAGAACACCGCGUACGUUACCGGACCCGCCAUCGAGAUGUCUCGAUUUGUGUUGGUUACCGUAUUGUCGUGUUUAGUCUUAAAAUGCCACGGAUAUGGUCCAAUAUCCAACGGUAAUCCAGUACCAACUCAACCCUCGGCAUCGGAAAACAGUGUUCUGAAUUUCGCAGCAGCUGAUUACGGUUACAUUAAACCCGUAGCUCAGCCGCAGAAUCCGAAUCCGGCCGAAGGCGGAUAUUGGUGGUUGAAUAAGAAAUCGCCUUUUGUCGCUUUAACCGAUGAUAACGUUAUUGUACCGGUUAAAAAUGAAAUAACAGAGGUCAAAUACGAAUCUAAUCCGUUCCUGAAUGCUGCCGCAAAGGAGAGUUCGUGCGGUGGAUACAACUGUGUUGCAAAGGUUCCUUGUGUUGAAGAUGGAUACGUUUGCGCUCCACAAUACCUUUGCCAGAAUGGAGUAAUUGAUAAGAGUCAAUUGAACCUGAUCAGUAGCCAAAGUAAAUUCUGCACUGCGAGCAGUGAAAUCUGCUGCAAAGUUACUUCGAGAUGCGGAAGUAACGAUUGUUAUGCCCAGUCGCAAACAGUUGCAGUGAUUCCAUCAUACUCUCAAGUAUCUUCGGUUGCUGCCCCUGCCCCCUCAUACUCACAACAACCAGCUGUUUCAAUCGGUUCGACUGGAUAUAACAGGCCAGAAUAUGGAUCUUCCAUAGCUCCUACAGCAGCUCCCAGCCCAGCUCCUUAUACCGGACCCCAAAACACUACUCCUUAUCCAGGAUGUGCUGCUGCCCUAAAAUGCGUUCCAGAUAAUUACUGUACUGUUGAAGGUGUCAUGUCAGACUUGCCAGUUGUAUUAACCAAAGAACUAUUGGAAAGCAGAGUUCCACUUUCGGAAUGUAUCGACCUCUCGACCGGAAUCAUCGGUAAAUGCUGCCGUGACCCUAACUACAAAGAUCCGUGGCCCGAUCACGACGGCGGUCACGAUCAUGGCGGUGAUCACGAUCACGGCCACGGCCACGAUCACUCACACGAACACACCGAAGCACCCCAAACACACUACACGAUUAAAAAACCAAUCGGCGGAUACCAAACGAAACCCGGCGCCUUCCCAGCCAACAUCCCUUACUCGACCGAAGCUCCCAGACCAUCUCCAUCAUACUCCGGUAGCGGUUCAUCGGGCACGUAUCAAUACCAAGUACCAAACACAUACAUCCCACCGCCUUCGUCUCAAGUAUACAUUCCUCCGGCACAGCCUUCAGUACCUACACAAUCCUAUCUGCCUCCGACUCAACCUACCUAUCCACCCCCUCCACCACCAGUUCCUAGUUAUAUUCCUCCUCAACCAGUACCCAGUUAUAACCCACCGACUCAACCUCCUCAACCAGUUCCCAGCUACGUGCCACCUACUCAACCUCCAGUCAGCUACAUACCACCGACUCAAUCUACUUAUAAACCACCAGUUGCUCCUUAUGUGCCACCCGCACCUCCUCAGACUAUUCCUUCGUACGGAUCAGUUGCUCAACCUCAGGUAGCUUCGUACGUUCCUCCUCAACCUCCUCAACCGAUUGGAGCAUCUUAUUAUCCGGCUCCUAGUAUUACUCUGACGAGACAACCUUUGAACCCUCCUUUGGUAUUCGCUUCUGAUAGAGUUUUUGAAAAAUCCACCGUUACACCGAUCGUCGUUUCGCAAGAUUACUCUCAAUGUGGAGUUCGAGCUAAGGAUGGCACUGAAUAUGGCGAAGCUCCCUGGCACGCUGUAAUUUACUCGACAAAGAACAAAGAUUUAAGCUGUGGAGGUGUCAUUGUCUCUGAGAACGCUGUGUUAUCUUCUGCUCAUUGUUUAGAAAAAACCGAUUCAGAAUCACUUUACGUUCAAGUAGGACCAGCUGCUAAUGUUUACAAAGUAGCAACAGUUGUACGACAUCCUCAGUACGAUUCUACGUCUCUGAGUAAAGAUUUAGCUUUGGCUAUUUUAAAAGAACCGAUCAAAUUUGAUACUUAUACUCAAAAGAUCUGUCUACCAUCGCCUCAAACUCAAACACAGAGUUAUAACAAAGAAUGUUUCAUUUCAACCCAGUCUGAUACCUUCAAUCCAGGAACAGUUCAAAAACUCAAAGUUCAAACAUUCCCUUACAAAGACUGCGAAAUCAAAUUAAGAAAUACUUAUCUAGGCAAAUACUUCAUUCUUCAAGAUACGUUUACUUGUGCUUCAACUCCUAGUGAAUCGGAAUUAUGCCAAGUUAAAUCUGGAGAACCUCUAGCUUGUAACAGAGGUGAUGGAGUAUUCGAACUAUACGGUAUUAAAAGCUGGGAUCUCGGAUGCCAAGAAUACAAAAAAUCAGCUAUUUUCUCGAACAACGACGUUCUAUGGAUUGAGAACUCGUUGGUAGCUCCUUUGGAGAAAUUACUCGCCAUCGAACAACUCUUGAGCAAAGAGAAGUUCAAAGGUGAAACUUUGGAAGGAGUUAAUAUCCAAGAAAAGCCUGGAUUCGCUUUGGGAUAUGGAAGAUAAACGAUACGAAUCGAUAUUUCGAUAACUGAACUUUUUGAUAGUUUCUAUGAGAAGCAUUUAUAAUUUAUUAUUAAGGAAUUUAGUCGAUAUCUAAACUGAUCUGAAGUUGUACGAUGUUGUCUUAUUUAUUUUUUGCUUACUUUUUCACGCUCGAAGGUAUGCACGUCUUUUCUCUCAUGUUUUUUUUUCUAUGUAAAAUGAGUGCCAUAUUAUAAUGAAUUUUUUAAAAAAGAAA